GGGCCCGGGCAGGCAAGGCUGGCGAGACAAAAGGGAGGGACCCGGGCAGCCCCGCCCCCGAGCCCCGCCCCGAGCGGCCCGCGCGGGGUGUCAGGCUCGCUUUCCCGGGUGGUCCCUGGCGCCGACGCCAUGUACCCCGCGAGCCCUCCGGCCGGCCCAGCCCUGCACCCGGUCCCUCAUCGCGCUCGUCUUCCCCAGCCACGGUGCCUUGCUGAGCCGCCGCGAUCGCCGGCGCCCGGCCCGGGUUCCACGGCGCGCCCGCCGCCGCCCCCAGCGCCCGGGCCGCGGCCCCGGGUGGCCGUGAAGAUGACUUUCCGCAAGGCCUACUCAAUCAAAGACAAGCUGCAAGCCAUCGAGCGCGUCAAGGGCGGUGAGCGGCAGGCCAGCGUGUGCCGCGACUUCGGCGUGCCAGGCGGCACUCUGCGCGGCUGGCUCAAGGACGAGCCCAAGCUGCGCUGGUUUUUGGACCAGCUAGGUGGAGAAGUGGGCACACAGCGCAAGAAGAUGCGUCUAGCCAACGAGGAGGAGAUCGACCGCGCCGUCUACUCAUGGUUCCUCACCUUGCGCCAGCACGGUGUGCCGCUGUCCGGGCCAGUUAUCCAAGCGCAGGCUGAGGCCUUUGCUCGCCAGAUCUACGGCCCCGAGUGUACCUUCAAGGCUAGCCACGGCUGGUUCUGGCGCUGGCAGAAGCGCCAUGGCAUCUCUAGCCAGCGCAUCUAUGGUGAGGCUGAGCCCCCGGUCGCAGGCCCCGCUCCUGUCAAAGAGGAGCCCGCGCAGCCACCGGGCGCAGUUCUCGUACCUGACAGCGCGCCAACCACUCUACCCCACUCCGAGGGCGGCUAUGGCGACGAGCAGAUCUACAAUGCUAACGUUACUGGUCUCUAUUGGAGGUUACUUCCGGAGCAGGCCUCAACUCCGGGCACUGGGGACUCCAAAGAGCCUGGUGGGUGCAGCAGACGCUGGCGCAGUGACCGAGUGACAGUACUGCUGGCCGCCAACCUGACUGGCAGCCACAAGCUGAAACCACUAGUCAUCGGGCAGCUACCGGAUCCACCCAGCCUGCGUCACCACAACCAGGACAAGUUCCCGGCCUCCUACCGCUACAGUCCGGAUGCCUGGCUCAGUCGCCCGCUUCUUCGGGGCUGGUUCUUCGAGGAAUUCGUCCCUGGGGUCAGGCGCUACCUGCGCCGAAGCUGCCUGCAACAGAAGGCUGUGCUACUGGUGGCCCAUCCACCCUGUCCGAGUUGGGCCACUAGCAUGCCUGCCCUGGAGGAGAGCGAGGAGACUCCCAGGCAGUGCCAGCCUGAGCUCCUUGGGUCCCCAGAGGAACUUCAAACACCUGAUGGUGCAGUUCGAGUGCUCUUCUUAUCCAAGGGCACCAGCCGAGCACACAUCCCUGCACCGUUGGAGCAAGGCGUGGUGGCAGCCUUCAAGCAUUUGUACAAACGCGAGCUCCUGCGGCUUGCUGUGUCUUGUGCCAGUGGCUCCCCUCUGGACUUCAUGAGAAGCUUCGUUCUCAAGGACAUGCUGUACCUGGCCGGCCUCUCUUGGGACUUGGUCCAGGCAGGCAGCAUAGAGCGCUGCUGGCUGCUGGGUCUGCGAGCAGCCUUUGAGCCCGGGCAGCAGCCCGCCCACCCGGUAGAGGAGACUGCCGAACACAGCAGGGUGCUCAGUGACCUCACACAUCUGGCAGCUCUGGCUUACAAGCGCCUGGCACCUGAAGAGGUGGCCCAGUGGCUACACCUGGAUGAUGAUGGAGGUCUCCCUGAGGGCUGCAGAGAAGAGGUGGCCCCCGCUGCUCCUCCAUCCCCAGCUAGCCUGCCCUCUAGCAUUGGGGCUGGAGAGGAGGAGGAGGAGGCCACUGAACAAGGAGGAGUGUUGGUACCUACUGCUGGGGAAGCUGUCUGGGGACUAGAGACAGCUCUGAGGUGGCUAGAGAGCCAGGAUCCCAGAGAAGUGGGGCCGCUGAGGCUUGUGCAGCUACGUUCCCUCAUUACCAUGGCACGGAGGCUUGGGGGCAUUGGGCCCUCAGCUGCAGCUUCUGAUGAUGGUGUGUGACUACCUUGGCCCAGUGGUCUUUUUCUUGCCGCACUGGGAGAGAGGGAGCACAUACAGUCUGCCAUCUUCCACCUUUUCUCCCUGGUAGUCCACUGUACCGGGCCGGGGAUGCAAGCCCAGCCCAGCUUGGAGGAGUUCUAUAAGUAAAGGAUGAACUGCCCCAAUCCACAGGUCCUGGGGAAGUGGCUAUGUUCUUCCCUGGGUAGGCACAUGUGGGCACAUAAGCACAGCCCCUACUGGAGGACAGUUGACUGUACUUCCACUCUGGCCCCUAUGGGGCUCACACACACACACACACACACACACACACACACACACCUACCUGCCUCCAUGUGCACUGCCUGAAGCUGCUGCUGUUCCGUUGGCUUCCCUGGUGCUACCUGGUCUCAUCUCAGUGGGGAAGCAUUUGGUUCUUGGUUUUGUUUUAAAAACAUAUUAAACCUGUUUGGAAAGAUGCUCUUCCUGGGGAACCCAUGAGUGCUGACUGGCAGGGUGAGGUGGUCUCUGGGGCUCUCUUGCCCUUGCUCUGAUAACUGCAGGUCCUUAUGGUGCUGGAUCAAAGCCCAGGCUAGCUCCAUCCAGUCCCUGGCCUGAGGCGGUGCAUGGAAGGAGGAAACGGAAGCCCGGUGCCUGGUGAGGUUUUGGAUGCAGCAGAGAGUAUAGCAAAUUCUGUUCUACUUGGAUUUUUAGUCCCUCCCACUCCCUAGCCCCCUUUACGAACUCCAUUCUGGAUAGGUCUUCUAUUCAUGAGGUUAGGAAGUGUUUGGAUCAAUGGGCAGGACAAACCACAAAGCACGUUGUCUAGCUCCAGGGCAGUCUGAUCUACCUGGAAACAAGUCCCAGCCUUUGCAACCAUCUGGGAACUCUGCAGUGCCUUAGAGUCAACCCCUAACCCCGUGGGCUCUUCCUGCACCAGCUUUCUCCAGGAGCUAUGGCGGGAUAGCCCAGGUUGAAGGAGAAAAGGCUCAAAGGAAUGUCCACAUUUUGUAUCUGCUGCUCUGUCCAGCUGUGGAUUCAGAGGACUGCUGGCCGUCUGGAGCUAAGGCACCUGUGUCUUAAGGAGGGGCACUGUGUCUUUGCAGGAAUUCCAUCCAGAGCCCUUGUCCCGGUCAUCUCUCCUUGUCUUUAUGUCUCCUACUCUGAGCCUUGCAAACAUGAAGUGGAGAAGAGCAGGGGAUGUAACAGCUUGGCAACGGGCAAAGGCUUGAGUGACGUAUCCAAAAGUGAUUUCCACGUAGGCCCAAGAAUAUAGUUCCUUGGAGCCAUGACUACAUCCCAGUCAAAAAUCUGCAUAAAUAAUCAAAAGCUGAGGGAAAGCAUGGAGCAACAGAACUGGAGCUCAGGUAGCAGACUCCAUCUAUGCACACUAAGGACCAUCUGGCCACCUAAGUACCCAGCCUCCCCAAUGAUGACCUAGAAAACCAGCACUAGCUACUUGGCUGGAUUUUCAAAAGUCUAAUGUGUUUAUACCAGCAGCCUCCAUAUCAGCCAGACACCCAGGUUAGGAGCUACCCUCCAGCUUUGACAGACCUGCUUUCAAAUCUGCAGAGAGCCAGAUCUGGGCCUUGGAGGUACACUCAAGCAAGGCUGGGUAGCUUCUAGUAGCUGUUCUUCAGCCUAGGUUACAUGUACUGUUCUUUUGAAGAGGUUUCAAUCUGGCCUGGGCUCAGGUAGACUGGAGUUGGCAGACUAGGGCUCAGGAGUAAGACCCCUCUCACCAGCCUCUCUAAAAGCCCCUUUUACUCGGGCCCAGGAGGCCCAGGAGGUUAUGACCUCAUAUUGCUGCUGCCUUAUAAACAAGCAAGGGCGGCCUGGCUGAGUGACAGGGUUCCUAUCAGGUUUGUGUCCGUGUACUAUCAUUAACUGGGCUAGGGAGAUGCCCAUGAGGAGGCUGAAAGGUGUCAUCUCAGGCCAGGGAUGUAGUGCAGUGGUAGGAUGUCUGCCUAGGAUGCCAAAGGCCCUAGGUUCAAACAACUGCACUGUAAAAAGAAGAGAAAAGUACACUUAGAAACUUUCCGGUGUUCUUUAUAUGCUCUAGGCAGGGGUUCAGGUAGCUGCGUCCUGGUUGUGGAGGAGGCUACUUUGCCCAGGUUGUCCAGCAGGGAGUCCUAUAGCUCUGAGGCUUACAGUGCCGAACAGCCCAGUGCACAGAGGCCUCAGCCCCAUGGC